GUGAUCUCACAUGACAGCCGGACGUGACGUCAGCGAGCCCGUCAGCUGAGAGGCAGCAGUAUUUCAGGCUUUAUUCCAAGCGGUUGAAGGAAGAUCAAACUGGAGAUGGACAUCAGAGGAGCGGUGGAUGCCGCUGUCCCCACCAACAUCAUCGCAGCCAAAGCUGCGGAAGUCCGAGCCAACAAGGUCAACUGGCAGUCCUACCUGCAGGGACAGAUGAUCUCUGCUGAAGACUGUGAGUUUAUCAAGCGCUUUGAGAUGGCAAGGUCAGAGGAGAAACAGGCCAUCCUCACCAAUGAGGGACAUCAGUGUGCUAAAACCUUCCUGAACCUGAUGGCUCACAUCUCCAAGGAGCAGACUGUUCAGUACAUACUGACUCUGAUCGAUGACACACUACAGGAGAACCACCAGAGGGUGAACAUCUUCUUUGAUUAUGCCAAGAAAACCAAAAACACAGCCUGGUCCUACUUCCUGUCCAUGCUGAACCGCCAGGACCAGUUCACUGUCCACAUGGCGGCGAGGAUUAUCGCUAAGCUGGCUGCUUGGGGUCGAGAGCUGAUGGAGGGCAGCGACCUCAACUACUACUUCAACUGGAUCAAAACGCAGCUCAGCUCGCAGAAACUGCGGACAUCAGGUUCAGAAACAGGAAGUGUUUCUCUGGCGGAGAGCUCGCAGUACGUGCAGUGUGUGGCCGGAUGCCUGCAGCUCAUGCUGAGGAUCAAUGAGUACAGGUUUGCCUGGGUGGAGGCCGACGGGGUCAACUGCAUCACGUCGGUCCUGAGCAACAGCGGCUUCCAGCUGCAGUACCAGAUGAUCUUCUGCGUCUGGCUGCUGGCCUUCAACCCUCAGAUGUGUGAGAAUCUGCGGCGCUACAAUGUGGUGCCCGUGCUGUCCGACAUCCUGCAGGAGUCUGUCAAAGAGAAGGUCACGCGGAUCAUCCUGGCUGCCUUCAGGAACCUGCUGGAGAAGUCUGCGGAGAGAGAGACGCGGCAGGAGUACGCCCUGGCCAUGAUCCAGUGCAAGGUGCUGAAGCAGCUGGAGAACCUGGAGCAGCAGAAGUACGAGGACGAGGACAUCUCGGACGACAUCGCCUUCCUGCUGGAGAGGCUGGGCGAGAGUGUGCAGGACCUCAGCUCGUUUGAUGAGUACAGUUCAGAGCUGAAGUCUGGCAGGCUGGAGUGGAGUCCCGUCCACAAGUCGGAGAAGUUCUGGCGUGAAAACGCCGUCCGCCUUAAUGAGAAGAACUAUGAGCUUCUUAAGAUCCUGACCAGGCUGCUGGAGGUGUCGGACGACCCCCAGGUCAUUGCCGUGGCUGCUCACGACGUGGGCGAGUACGUGCGACACUACCCUCGAGGCAAGCGGGUGAUCGAGCAGCUGGGAGGGAAGCAGCUGGUGAUGAACCACAUGCACCAUGAGGACCAGCAGGUUCGCUACAACGCCCUGCUGGCCGUGCAGAAGCUGAUGGUGCACAACUGGGAAUAUCUUGGCAAACAGCUGCAGUCCACAGAACAGCCCGCUGCCGUCACCGCCAGGAGCUAAACUUCUGUAUACAUCUAUGCGCGUGUGUUUGCAUAUAUGUGUCUGUGUGUGUGAGUGUG